AUGACGUCGUCGGGCUUCUUGCCCGCGCCGCCGGGCGGGGCGCGGGGGUGGGGCGCCCCGCCCUCGGGAACCGGAGCGCCACCAGAGUUCGCGCAGGCCGCCUGGCCGAGCUCCGUCAGCUCGUCCUGCAGGUCCUUGGCCGCCAGGGCUUCCCAGACCCCCUCGCGCUGGAAGCGUUGCGAGCUCAAGCGGGGGCGGCGGCUUCCUGACUCACACCUCGCUCCGUUGGCUUGCAGCACGCCGAUCGCCUUCAUGCUACGGAUCUCGGGUUGGGCUGGCUCUCCGAUCUUCCCUUCCCUCACAGGCCUCGGCGCUCUGAUCCGAGGGGUCCUUGGCGGGCAGACGCUCGCUUGCGCGGUGCGCCGCGGAGCGCAUCGCGCCCGCAUCGGCACGCACGACCUGAAAAGCCGGAGCCAGUCAUAA